AUGGCAUCAUACCAACGACAUGCAAAUGCAGAAGUCAUCGCAAAGAUUGAGGCGAUAUUCGAGAACAUUGCAGAUAGCCUCCUCAACGAAGAAAAUCCAUACGUUCCCGUGAACGAUAUCUUCAUUCCCUUGAGAAAUAAGAAGCAUACACCACUGAAUGGUAAUGCGCCUAGUCUAUUUGACGCCGAGCCCUCAGACGGCUUCACAAAUGUUUCUUUCCCAGCAAAAGGGCGGCCGAAAGAAGCUUGGAGAUUCACGGUACUUAUUCGCAUCCUGGACCUCAUGCAUGAGGCUCUCUGUGACAAUGUCAUCGUCUCUAAGAGGAACAUCUACUACAAAGAUCCUGCGCUUUUCAAGACUCAAUUAACCGUGGAUUACUAUGUGGACAUCAUUGCAUACACCUUUGGCGUCUCAAGACUCGCUCUCAACGUUACUGCCGCUGCGAAAGGUCUUGUCGCCGGGAACUUCAUCUUGAAGAGGCCGGACGGCACACAGGCUUAUAGAAAGCCCGGCGUGCCACAACUUAUCGACGAUCCCCACGACGUCCAGGCGAUCGACAUUUCCGGUGUCGCCUGGAUCCUGGUGAUUGAGAAAGAAGUCUGUCUCUGGUCCAAGGGCGUGUUCAGCGCUGACGGCCCCCAGUCCACAUUUCGAACGCUGGCAUCAAGCAAUCUCCAGCAGAGCUCACGCGCAGGAAAUGGCAUAAUGCUCACCGCAAAAGGCUACCCCGACAUCUCUACCCGAUCCUUCCUGCGUCUCCUCUCAGGCUCUCAUGAUCUCGACAGCAUCUCUCCGCCCAUCUAUGCUCUCACCGAUUUCGAUCCGGAUGGCUUGGCCAUCAUGUCCACCUACAAACACGGCUCGUUCAAGCUCUCCCACGAAAGCGCUGGCCUGAAUGUUCAAGGCAUACAAUGGCUGGGCGUAAAGAGCCAAGAUGUUCUUGCUGGAAACGGACAGAAUGAGUACAACGGUCUGCUGAGACUCAGUGGAAGGAAUAGGAAAAAGGCGGUAGACAUGCUGGAGAGGAGUGAGAUGCUUCAGGAGGGUAGCAAGGAAGAAGAGUGGAGACGUGAGUUGCAGAUCAUGCUAAUGCUGAACGUCAAAGCGGAAAUGGAAGUCCUGGCUGAAGGGGAAGGAGGCGUUAAGGGGUGGGUCGAGGAGAAGCUGCUAGCGAAUGGCACCAGCUUGGCUGCGGAUGAAGACUUGCUUGAAACACAUCAGUUGGCGGAUAUAACGCUUGGCGAAGACAGAUUUCCCAGCCUGCAAGCGAAUGAGGAGGACUUCUUGCUUGACACGCAUGGGACGCCAGAGAUGUCAGCUGUAGGAGAAGGUUCCCCAAGUUUGGAAGCGGAUGAGGACUUGCUUGAUACAUAUCAGAUGGCGGAUACCGCAUUUGCUGACGAAGGUUCGCCCAUCUCGCAACUGGAUGAGGAUUUGCUGGAAACACAUCAAGUGGGAGAUAUGUCUCUCGCAGAAGAAGAUUCCCCCGGCUUAGAAUGGGACGAGGAGCUCUGA